UAUGCCCCGGUCCUUAUUAAAUUACGAACAGAACGUACCCAAGUUCCGCAUGUAUUCUUGGUGUUUCCCUCAUAUAAACCUGUCUGUGUAGUUAACACGAGGUUGCCGAAAAUAUUAGGUAGUUGGCGUACCCGACUAAGCAGACAUGCGCGAGAAGUUUACAAAUCAGCCUGUUUGACAUUUCGAAAUCGCUUCGAAAAACAAUCAUUCUCUGUGUCUGUUGGUAGUUUAUUGAUGGACUUCAUUGUGAACAGUUCAGCAUGAAACGAGAAGAAUCCGACAUCGCAAGAGAGUACCCUCUUCACUAUAUAGUCUGGAAGAAUAAUACUGUCGCCUUACGCUCAUCCCUCUUACCUGACAAUGUUAACCUGCAACAUCUUGAACAGCUUGAUCCCCGGGGCAGGACUCCUCUUAUGUUGGCUGUAACUCUUGAAAAUUUAGACUGUGCAAUCUUGUUGUUGGAGAAUGGUGCCAAUGUUAAUGUGGAAAACAAAGAGGGUUGGACAGUUGUCCAGGAAGCUGUUUCAACAGGUAAUCAUCAGAUCAUCAGUGCAGUCCUGCAAAAGAGAGAUCUCCAACGUCACACAACAAGAAUGCUUGGUGUACCUGCCCUACUUCAAAAAUUGAAAGAGGCCCCUGAUUUCUACAUGGAAAUGAAAUGGGAAUUCACUAGUUGGGUUCCUCUUGUAUCGAGAAUGUGCCCUAGUGACAUAUACAAGGUGUACAAACAGGGUUCCAAUGUCCGAAUAGAUACAACUCUGCUUGGAUUUGAUCAGAGUUCUUGGCAAAGAGGAAGUAAAAGCUACCUAUUCAAGUCUGAGGGUGUUGAUAAGGCUGUUCUGUUGGAAAUGGACCACGAAGCCAAGGAAGUCUUCGUAGAAGAACUACGAACGCUUCAGGAGGAUCAGGUUACCCGUCAUCUAAUGGCCCCCUCUAAUGAAGCAGUUAUGGCUCGGGUCACAUCACCCAUUGUUCAUACCUAUGUUGACACUGAGAAAAUCUCUUUCGAGCGGAACAAGAGUGGUCUUUGGGGUUGGCGGUCGGACAAAAUGGAAGUAGUAAACGGCCGGGAUUGUAAAGUUUUUAGUGCCAGUAAUGUAGAGCUGGUUACGAAAACUCGAACAGAACAUCUCAGUCCUGAAGAUAAAACCAAAGUUGCUGGUUCGGGCUUUUUGCUCAAUUCACUUUUGGCUGUUGGUCAGCACAUUGAAGAGCCCACAUUACCCGACGAUUCAAAUUCCCAUGAAGUCACGAUGGAAGAAUACUUUGACAGUAGCAUUGAUCUAGGGAAGCGUGACAUUGGCCGGCCCAAGGAAAUGACCACCAAGACCCAGAAAUUCAAGGCUACGUUAUGGCUCUGCGAAGAGUUCCCGCUAAGUCUAGUCGACCAGAUUAUGCCCAUCGUUGAUUUGAUGGCAAUUUCAAGCACGCAUUUUGCCAAGUUAAGGGAUUUCAUCCAAAUGCAACUUCCUGCUGGCUUCCCAACAAAAAUUGAAAUCCCUCUGUUUCACGUCAUGAAUGCGUGCGUGACAUUUGGCAAUACUUUUGCGUUGGACGAGCCUGUCCAUGGGAUUUCCGUCAUCCAAGAAGCGGAUAGACUUUCCUGCGUUGUGGAUGACAGCUGCUUUGUAACACCCGGCGAAUAUACGUUGUACGGCAUGGGAGGAGCUUCAGUCAGCUCUUCGUCUCGCCGACAGUUCUCGAUGGAUGAAGAGGACGAGCUGUUGCAAUACGCCAUUCAGCAAAGUUUGUUAGACGUUGGCUCCGAGGGUGACGAGGUUGACAUUUGGGAGGCAUUAAAGGCACAUAAACCCCCAACUACCCCUCAAGUAUCUAGAGUUAAUAGGUCGCCAUUGCCACCUCGAUCAUCAUCUUCUCUGGGAUUUUGCAUGUCCGCCGAAGAAGAAGAAUUGCAAAGAGCUAUCGAAGCCAGUUUAGGAAUCCCGACGGAAUUAGGACUCAACCCUGUGGAUGCUUCAUCAUCAGGAGGAACGAUGGAAGCGCAGGACGAGGCAAGCCUUCUGGCAGAAGCGCUAAUGCUCUCAGCCCGCGAGACGGCACUGGAAGAAGAACGGCGUUCCAGGGAGGACAAUGAACUGUUGCAGCGGAUACUUGAGCUGUCGUUGCUGGAGAAAUAGCCUACCCCUUUUUGUUAAACUUCCAUUUUUACUCUUAUACGAAGUAUCAUCGCACGUGGAAAAAUUUAUAAUUUUUUUUUUGUAUCUGUAUGAGCUGAUCGUUCCUUAUAACCAUAAAGAAAAUACUAUUUCAAGGAUCUCCUUUCCUUGUUUAACUCGCAGUUUAAUGCGUGCAAAAGCAGCGUUUCUGGGAAAAAGAGAUAAUUAUCCUAUGUUUAUCUGCUGGUCAUUGCCUAAGAAAAAACGUGUCACUAGAUCAAUGAAUAAAGUUGAAAAUUUGACCCAUUUCAAA